AAUGAGGAGAAAAAAGAAUCAAGUGAAGAUGAGGAGAAAAAUCAUGUCAAAACUGUAGCAAAACCCUUGAGCUGUUCUCAAACAAAAAACCCAAAUAAAUAUUUAAAGAAAAGAAGAGCCAAGGAAUCUUUCACCUGCACUCAGUGUGGAAAGAGUUUCACAUACAAAACAAGUCUUGAUGUUCACAUGAGAGUUCACACUGGAGAGAAACCAUUCAUUUGUGAUCAAUGUGGAAAGAGUUUCACACAAUCAUCGAACCUUAAGAAACACAUGAACAUCCACACUGGAGAAAAACUGUACACAUGUGAUCAAUGCAGCAAAACAUUUUUGAGAGCUUCAUACCUGAAGAAUCACCUGAGAGUUCAUACAAAGGAGAAACCACAUUCAUGUUAUUUGUGUGGAAAGAGUUUUUCAUGUUUACAAUAUUUAAAAGACCAUCAGAAAAUACACACUGGUGUGAGAGAUUACAUGUGCUUUGAGUGUGAAAAUACUUUUACUUCAGCGCAGUGUUUAAAACUGCAUGAGAUGAUUCACACUGGAGAGAAACCUUACAAGUGUUCACACUGUGACAAGAUCAAUCAAUCAUCAAAUCUGAAAACACAUGAGAGGAUUCACACUGGAGAGAAACCUUACAAGUGUUCACACUGUGACAAGAUCAAUCAAUCAUCAAAUCUGAAAACACAUGAGAGGAUUCACACUGGAGAGAAACCUUACAAGUGUUCACACUGUGACAAGAUCAAUCAAUCAUCAAAUCUGAAAACACAUGAGAGGAUUCACACUGGAGAGAAACCUUACAAGUGUUCACACUGUGACAAGAUCAAUCAAUCAUCAAAUCUGAAAACACAUGAGAGGAUUCACACUGGAGAGAAACCGUAUCACUGCACUGCAUGUGGGAAGUGUUUCAAUCAAUUAUCUUGUUUAAAACUGCAUGAGAUGAUUCACACUGGAGAGAAACCUUACAAGUGUUCACACUGUGACAAGAUCAAUCAAUCAUCAAAUCUGAAAACACAUGAGAGGAUUCACACUGGAUUUGUUUACUCUUUCAUGAAGGAAAGAAGCUUUUUACACACUGUUCUUGUUCAGGAAGAUGAAGAAGAGGCUGAACACCUUCCAGAUGCUCCUCAACAGGUCAUAGCAGUCCAGGGCCAGAUUCAUGUGGCAGACCGUGGAGCAGUGGAGGACCUGCACCAUGGAGCAGUGACCGACUGUGGAACAAUGGAGCAGGAGACCACCAAGUUAGAGCCAACGGAGCACGAAGCUAGGGCUGAGCCGGCAGAGCAUGAAGCCACCAGGGUAGAGCAGAUGACCACCACAGCAGAUCAGACAGGGGCAGAGAUCGCCACAGCAGUGCAGAUGACCACCACAGCAGAUCAGGCCGUGACAGGACAGGCAAAGAGUUCAGAAGCGUUGCCGCCUCGGGAGUUUCUGCAGCGGACACCGCCACCUCUGGAGCGGAUUCAUGGACAGGAGAGGCGUCUGGAAUGCAGUGUGAAGCCCACACACUCCAGCAGCAUCCAAGGCAAUGAAAAAGAGUAA